AUGAGUCUGAGGAUCAUCAUUGUUCUGGCUGUGUUAACUGGGGUAACUGGGAGCCCCAGUGGGACGACCUCGCCUGCAGCCGACGCUGCGGACGCGACGGCUCAUCCCAACAGCGUAGUGGAGGAAACGGAGAUCUCUGGAUGGCAGAAAGUGUCAGUGGAAGAGGAUGUGAUGGCGACUGGCGAGCUGAAUCCCGAUCACUACCCGGCUCAGAGGGCCGCCAAAGUGGUCCAACACUACCUCAACACCCAGUACGGCUCGCCCUUCAGGCUGUUCGGGCUGCACAGGGUCCACAGUGGCACCGCAGAGGAUGCGGCAGACUCCGGGAGAAAGUACCAGCUGGAGAUCUCCGUGCAGGAGAUCAUCAACAAUACUACAGAGAAAUGCUCGGCAGAGGUUUUGUUUCCGGGAGCAGGAGAGCAGCGGUCGUCUCAGGUCCAGGUCUCGUGUGAGGAGCUGCUUAAAAUCAGCACUAAAGCGCAGGAGGAAGCCUUGUUCCAAAAGUAUCAAAUGAACCAAAGCCUGCUGUCAGCACAAAAUCUACCUGACAGCUACGGUCACAUUGAGCCCGAGAACCAGCCCCUCUGGCACCUCGGCAUCGUGGCCUCCAGCUUCGUCAUGCUCAACGAAUCCACUGAAAACACUCUGUACAACAUGGCUCAGGUAGCCAGCAUCGCCCAGCUGGCCACGGACAACCAACAGCUGAAGUUUGACUGUCGCGUACUGCUGCAUGAGAUGGUGUCUCAGGAAAUCAUUCACUGGAAGCUGCUGUUCACCUGGUCUCCUGCAGACGGAGUUAAAGUCCUGCAAAUGGAAAAGCUGCCACACUGCCAUGAUUGUAAAGUCCCUCCAAACACAAACUAAACUGCUUUCAACACAACGUUGUGAUGCUCCCAUCUCGGAGUCAAAUAUCGCAGCAUGAAGAUAUCCUUAUAUUCUGCUACAUUUGCAGUAGUUUUGGUAAUAUAUUUUAGUCCAAAUAAACCAUUAAUACAG